GAAAAGGCUUGGAAGGAAAUCGAGAGUCGCUUUUGUGCCAUGCCAGAUUUCCACAAACGCAAUUCCAGUCAAUUUAAAAAAUGUUGGAACAAUUUGAAAAUGAAGGCCAAAAAAUCAGUAGCCCUUGAAAAGCGUGAGUGGAAGAAAACGGAAGGUGGUGUAGCUGAGAAGUCGGACGAUGCCAGUCAAAAAAUAUGCUCUAUGAUACCGGAACAAAUGCACAAUCUGGCCAAUAUAUUUGAUAAUGACGCCGAAUUUCACAAUGAUGUACAAGAUGGUGAUAGUACAGUUCAUUCUAUAUCAUGUACAUUUACUUAA